GACAGUCGUGAGAUAUGGCCAAGAGCAUAUGUAACCAGAGCUAUCGCAACGUUCAUUAUAAAUCGGACACCGAAUACACGAUCAUCGUCUCUAGAACGUUGCUAAUACCAAGUGGCAUAUGGCCGCUACGUAAAAACGACACGUUCCUGCAAACCAGUAGAACAAUCGUUCAGAUCGGAGCGAUAUUCGGUUUGAUGUGUUUCUUGUUAGUACCUCACGUAAUCUACACCUUCCACGACUGCGAGGAUCUAACGCGAUACAUGAAGGUAAUCGCGGCACAAGUAUUCAGCCUUUUGGGGAUCGUCAAAUUCUGGACCAUGAUCUUCAAUAAGAAACAAAUCGGCCAGUUGCUGACGGAUUUAGAGCUGCAGUAUAAGAACAUCGAAUGCGAGGAUGAUCGACUAGUUUUGAAAAGAUCUGCAAAGAACGGUCGUCUUUUCACGAUAGUGUAUCUAAUGAUUAUCUACGGAGGUGCUCUCCCGUAUCAUAUCAUCUUGCCUUUUAUGUCCGAGAGAGUUGUCAAGAGGGACAAUACUACGCAAAUACCUCUGCCUUACCUAAGUAACUAUGUUUACUUCGUGAUCGAAGACUCGCCGUUUUACGAGAUGAUGUUUGUUUUGCAAAUGCUGAUCAGCACAAUAAUACUGUCCACCAAUACGGGAAUUAGUAGUCUAAUCGCCAGCACCGUGAUGCAUGCUUGCGGUUUGUUCAAGAUUGUCAACAGAAAGAUCGAGACAUUUUUCAAUGACGAUAAGGACGAAUUGCAUGUGCGCCUCAAUCGGAUAAUCCAUCAUCAUCUGAAAGCAAUCGAAUUUGCUGCGUUGAUCGAGAAAUCUUUGACCAUAGUGUUUCUCUCUGAAAUAAUUGGCAACACCGUCAUCGUAUGUUUCCUUGAAUACGGAGUGCUCGUGGAAUGGGAAGAUCACAAAACAUUCAGCACGAUAACGUAUUUCGUUUUGAUGACGUCGAUCUUCGUGAAUGUGUUUAUAAUAACGAUUAUCGGCGAUCUUCUCAAACAGGAGAGCGAGAGAGUAGGACAAGUGUUGUACUUCAUGCCGUGGUACGAUCUUCCUAGAGACAUAGCCCAAAAUGUAAGAAUGAUGAUACUCAGAACUGGUCGUCCAACUAAUUUGACUGCCGCUAAGAUAUUCGACGUCUCGCUUCAAGCAUUUUGCGAGGUUUGCAAAACUUCGGCGGCGUAUCUGAACUUUCUGCGAACGAUGACGAUGCAAAAUCCAGUGAUGGCAGUGACGAAAGGUCAGAUAGUAGAACACGAGUUGGAGAAAUAUGUAAAUCUCAGCAUUCAGUGGAAUCGGUGGCUGCUGAAACCUUUGGGUAUCUGGCCAAAUUUUCCUGACACUACACGGAUGAACAAAUACUGCAGUUGGCUCCUGAUUGUUACGUGCUACAUUCUGAUAAGUUUCUUUUGCGUACCCUGCGGCUUAUAUAUGAUCAUAGAAGCAGAGAGUGUCUACGACAGAAUCAAACUGUUCGGUCCGUUGACUUUCUGUAUGACUGCGUACUUGAAAUAUUAUUCGAUAAUCUCACGCGGAGAUGAUAUUCGUGAGUGCGUCAAGUGUAUCGAAUGGGACUGGAAUCACAUAAAACACUUGGAGGACCGAGACAUUAUGAUAUCGAAAGCGAAUUUCGGAAAACGAUUAAUAAAAACCUGCGCUUUCUUCAUGUACAGUGGCGCUGUUUUUUACUAUGUUAUCGUACCUAUAAGAGUCGGCAAGGUCAAGAUAGAAGACGAAAAUGUCACCUUCAUUCCGAUCGCGAUGCCUUUCCCGAGACAAAUACUCGAUACUCGCUACAGUCCGACUAACGAGAUCAUCUUCUCGAUUCAGGUUUUAGGCGGGGUACUCAUUCAUGCAAUCUCCGCUGGUGCAUGCAGCUUGAUCGCUGCUUUCGCGGUCCACGCUUGUGGUCAAAUGGAAAUUAUAAUGUGCUGGCUCGGACAUUUGGUAGACGGUCGGCCGGAUAUGUGCGAAACCGUGGAUGGUAGAAUUGGAAGCAUCGUGAGUCAACACGUGAGAAUAAUAAAAUUCUUGGCUCUCAUAGAGAAGACAAUGUCACGAAUAUCUCUCAUCGAAGUUUCCGGAUGUACAUUAGACAUGUGUCUUGUCGGAUAUUAUAUUAUCAUGGAAUGGAAUUCAAAGGACAUGACUGCCACUGUAACGUAUGUCAUAAUAUUUACAUCUCUUUUCUUCAGUAUCUUUAUAUUUUGUUACAUAGGCGAACUCGUCGACGAACAGUGUGCAAUGGUUGGCGAAACAUCGUAUAUGAUCGAGUGGCAUCGACUACCAGAGAGGAAGCAACUUAGCAUGAUCUUAGUAAUUGCGAUGUCCAAUGCGACGUCAAAGCUUACAGCUGGAAAUAUCGUCAUAUUAUCCCUCGACAGUUUCAGCUCCGUUGUUAAAACAUCGUUUGCUUACCUAAAUAUGUUGAGAACUAUGGUUUAAACAACCAGCAGUGUGUUACGAAAACAGUGACGGUAUCACACUGUUCCAACAUGAAUUUGUAUCAUUAAAUCGAUUUAUUGGUGUAUUUGAAC